CAAUGCUAUUUCAGGUGGGAGGUCUCCUUUCACUUGGUAUCCUCAGAAAUAUGUUGACAAAGUGCCAAUGAGUGACAUGAACAUGAGAGCAAAUUCUAGUAGAAACUUUCCGGGAAGAACUUACAGAUUCUACAAUGAAAAACCAAUCUAUCCAUUUGGCCAUGGACUAAGCUACUCGACCUUUUCCUCAUUCAUAAUUUCGGCGCCUCCCACCAUUGUCAUAAAGCUAAAGACAAGACAUGUCUCAGAUACCAACUUAACCGCCCAAGCCAUUGAUAUUUCAACCGUGAAUUGCCAGAAUGUAGGGAUAAACAUCACAGUUGGGGUCAAGAAUAAUGGCAAAAUGGAUGGAUCCCAUGUUGUCCUAGUGUUCUGGAAGCCGACAAAUAUGAUUGGAGCGCCUAAUAUACAGCUGGUGGGAUUUGAAAGAGUCUGGGUGAAGAAAGGGAAGACCCAAACAGUGACAAUUAAAUUGGAUGUGUGCAAGGAUUUCAGCUUGGCUGAUGCACACGGGAAGAGGAAAUUAGUCCCAGGGAUACAGACUAUAAUGGUUGGUUCUUCCAGUGAGCACCAAGUUAGGCAUCAGUUUAACCUAAGGGUGGCUACAAAAGAAGAAGCCAAGAUGGAGCUUUAAUUUAUGUCUAAUUCUUAACAGACAUGCAUAUACAAUGUGUUUAAAGUAGCUAGUGCACUCCAGUGUUAGUCCUAGAAGUGAGGAGUGCUUAUAUCUAGGUAUCUGUAUUGAAAUGGAAAGUAUACUAGAUAGAAGAUCAUUGCUGACAUGCAUUUAUGAAACAACCAAUUAAUGCAGUGCAAUAUCAAAUAAAAUUAUAACUUGAGAUUUCUAUUGUAUCAUCAGAUGUCAUCCUGCUCGCGCAUUUUCAUAUCUAUACUAGCAAAAGUUUCAAAAGAGAUACUUAUUACUUAAUAGAGAAGUGGAAACCUGAAAGUACGAUAAAAA